AUGCAGCAGGUGAUGGCCUUGCAGUGGAAAGAAGAUAAGGAUCUCUUAAGUUAUUUCACCUAUAGCCCGCAACCGCAUUUCAUACUCGAGCAACAUAGUCUUCGAAACUUCUCCAAAAAGGAUCGACAAUAUAUCAAUAUGCAAGCUCAUCCGCUGAUAGUUAUGCCCGAUCAAUGGCAUCCACGUUCCAUGGUCUAUGUUGAUAAGCGAACGGGUGAGCUGCUACUAAGAGGUUCUGUCGGCCGAUUUGUUGAACUUUUGGCCUGGAAACUAAAUGCUACCAUGAACUUUCCACCAUCCAUACGACCAGGACAAGUUCUACAUCCAAACGGAGUGCUGCGAUUGAGUCAGGAAUUGCCUAUAGAUAUACCAGUGAGCAUGACACUGGCUUCACAGCCGGAGCACAUACGGAGUUAUCCCUUUGAGCUGACACACAUUUGUUUGAUGAUUCCUCUGUCCCAGCAGUUGCCUCUGAGGGAAAUAUAUCGUCUGCUGGCCAAUGUUCAGAACAUCCUCAUUGCCUUGGCCAUUCUAUAUGGCUAUGGAUUCUUCCUAAGUUUGCAUGAAUAUUUUUCUGUGGGCAUCGGUUCUUGGGUGGAUUUCUUGCUUAAUGAUCGAGCAUUUCGUGGCCUCUUGGGUCAAUCGUUUCAUUUAAGUCUUUCCUCUUGCCGAAGUGUUUCCCUCAAGGCAGUUUAUUUUAGCCUAAGCAUUAUGGGUUUGUAUUUAAGUUGCAUCUAUGAGGCAGCUUUGGGCACUAUGCUAACUCAUCCACCCAAACGUUUUCAACCACGAACUGUGAAUGAUCUUCGAGAAGUCGGGUUGCGUAUGGCCAUUAAUGAGGUGGAUGUAGCCAUUGGCAUGGAAAUGGAUGUUCCUUUGCAUAGAGUCAAUGGUAGUGAGUUUACUCGUCUCCGGGAUGGUUUUAACAUCAGCCAUGUCUAUUUGGCCUCUCGCCUGCAUUGGACUUUGUUCAAUCAACAGCAAAAGUAUUUCGAAAAAGAGCUCUUUUUGUACUCCAUGGAUGCGUGUCUUAGUACUUUGACUCUAAUGACUUUUCCUUUAACAGAGGAUUCCUGGUUUGCAGAACCCAUCACCAGGCUGAAUUUUGCUGUGCGAGCCAAUGGCAUUUAUCAGUAUUAUGUGGGAAUGCAUUUUCACGAUAUGGCUUCAGCCGGAUUGGUUAGCUUCAAGGAUCUCAGCCAGAGCCAACGUCCCGGUGAUCGACACGGCGUCACCUUGAAUUUAGAUGAUCUUAAAUGGAUUUCAUAUGCCUAUGUUGUGCUUUUGAUGUUUGCCUUCCUAGUAUUGGCUCUAGAGAUUAUGUGGAAGCGUUUCGCUUAA